AUGCGCUACGACGACUGGGACGUGAUCCUCUUCCCAAAGGACUCUCACGUACCCAUACAGGAGUUCAAGACCGCCUGCUAUGUCUCACCUGAGGAAUAUGGCCGUCAGCUGCCCACGUUGACUUCAUACAUCAGCACUCUGCCACCGUCCACACCGUUCCGCAUCUCCGUACACUCAUGGGCCACCGCAUCGAAAGCCUCGGCAUUGAUUGAGUCCCGACGAAAGGCGAACCAGAAGGUUGUAUACACAGUCCAGGUUAUCGUCGACGGGGCUAGAGUCUUUCGUGGCUUCUUCGACAUAACGUCGAAAUGGCCCCAGGAGAUUGCGCAAGAGAAGAGAUCACUCACCAUCAAUGAGUAUCCUUCGAGUCAACGAAAACAAUGCCUCGAGUUCCCGCCCUUUCAUCAACAGACCCUCAUGCAGAACUCAUGGAAUGCUCACGACCCCCAAGGACGAAUAAAGAUAAUGUUGUCGGAACAAUUGAUCAUGAAGACGACAAGUCCUGGAGAGGUAGAUCUUGGCACGACCAACGACAUUGUUUGCUUCUCCUUCCAGCAUGCUCCGAAAGAUGUCCUAGAACAGGCGGGCAUCUCAUGGCCCAUCCGAAACCCUCUAUACCUUCCCAAUGCGCUCGAGCGAGCCACGCACCUGUCACAGAUAUCCCCGACGAACUCUCGGACACCGAAGGCCCGGCCCUUCCCAGGCGAUAUCCAUAUGCAGUCGCCAAUCUCACAUGCAUCGGCAUCCGUCUUUGCUAGAUCGCAGAUUCCCUUACCCAAUCGACGCUCUAAUGCGCAUCUGCCCCCCAUCUCACAAUUUGCGAAGCCAUUGCCAGGUUUCAGAAACAACGGUCGCCCAGGCAUAUGGGAUGACAAUCUCAACUCCUUCGUAGAUUCUGCCGACGACGUUAGCAUGGAUACAUGGUCAACAAGAAGAACGUCGGGCUCCACCAGCGACAUGGCCAUGCCUGACUACAUGUCCCAAUACGACCAAGGCAUGAGUACAGAAUGGGAAGAUCAUCCGCCGAGGAAGGAAAAAGAGAAACAGCUCGUUGUCACCCUUCGAGAUGACCAACUAGGGCAGAUUAUCCAAGCUAUGAGUCCACCGAAGCAGAAUCGUGAGCUAUCGCAUGGAUCGGGCAAUCAACGCCAUGAGAAUACUGGUCGCCUACCGACUGCUUACAACUACUGUCCCCCAAAGUCAGACAUCAAUCCACCUAUCAACCGCCCGUCGUCGGCGGCCAUGGCGCGCAAGCCAUCAUACUCGGACUUCAAUCAUGCCCUACGGAACGCAUCGAAUAAGCAGUCACCAAUUAAUCAGCGGUUCCACGAUGCGAUUAAUGACAAACAGCCUGCGAUGAAUCACCCUUCCUUCUCAAACAACAAAGAGAAUCGUCCACCUUCGCAAUCGCGAUUGCCUACUGCGUUUCCAAACGCGAACCGUGUUCCGACGCCGAACCCCUUCGCGCAAAGGCUUCCAACCCAUAACUCAGAUGUUUCCAUGAGAGACCCAUCUCCGGCGCGUUCAAGUAUGUACAGGUUCAGUCGGAGCGAAGCGCCACCUCCGACCAUUGAGCCUGCUAAGUUUGGGUCAGCUCACGGCCCUUCAGCUGUGAAUAUCAGGAGCCGGAAGGAAGGCCUGGCGUCUGACUCACCGAGGCUGUCUGAUCAAACAAUGCGCCAUGAUCAGAGCCUGCUACCAUCAUUGAACUCAGGUCCUCGGACUGCACAUAUACCCAUCUUUGAGGAUAAAGACGAAUCCUCGCACAAUACCCAGAACAACAUCCCUGAUGUAGUCGAGAUCAUCGACGUGGAUGCCAUCGAUCCCCACCUAAACACCAAUGCUUCCUUCGAGAGCAACAAGCUGUCUCCAUUCAAGCCCUGCCACAAGACUGGAGUGUCGCUUUCAAGCAUCGACAGUACUGGUCGUCUAGAGAGGCAACUCUACAGUGCUCUCGGCGAAGAGCUGGGCAGCUUCGAACAUCAUAUUGACACCACAGGCAUGGGACCUGAACUCGCACAGGCACUCGGUGGUGCCACAGCACACUCCGAUCUCAGCGGCUCCGGCAUGCUGAACCCGAACGCUCACGAGUUUGAGCCAACGAUCAAGCGGAAGAGGCAGAGUACGUUGGGCGGCGAUCGGGAGAGAAGUCCGAUGACUAAGAAAGAGAAGGCUGACUUGCGAGCUGGCGACGAUCAAGAGGAGGUUGUGGUGUGUAUGAGAGGGGAUUGA